AUGACCAGACACAGGGCCACCGAUAGCCUAUCACCGGAAGCCAAAUACCCGACGGCAUUACAACAAGUGCUGGACGUAUACCUAUGGCUAACGUGUGCCGAAUCGGUGCCCACUAUCGGCUAUCAGGCGCGCAAGAUUGUGGUCUGUGGCGACAGCGCCGGCGGCAACCUAUCGGUGGCCCUGUGUCUGGUCAUACACGACAUAUGCCGUACGGGAGAGCCGGUGGUGCGGCCGAAGGGCGUCGUGUGUUUCUACACCCCCUUCCUGUUGCAGACGCGGGGCUCGCCGUCGCGGCUGAUGACCGCUGUGGACACACUCUUACCACUGGGAGUGCUCUUGUCGUGUAUGGAGGCGUACGCUCCGGAGGUUGCGGUCAACACCGCCGCCGCUGACAGUCCGGUGUCCGCCAAAGAGCCGGAAGAGAGCGAUGACGAGCUGAAGGCAGACGAUGUGGUAAUCGGUGCGGCGGUGGCUGCGGUGGUGGCGCAGGUGAUGGACAGCCCGACGGCAGACGGGGGAGACUUUGAGCUGAUAUCGCACGACGAGUUGCCGGCCGACGAAGACCUGCCGACAGCGCCGACACCCAAAUGGGGCCACCAGUGGAUCAACGCCUCGAUGGCCAAACUCAGCGCCCACUCGCCGUUUGCCGGUCGGCGACAAAUGCCGCGGCCGUGGUAUAGACGCCCGGAGCCGGCGCUGGGCGUCAAACUCGAGUCGUUGAACGCUGUGGUGAACAAUCCGUAUAUAUCGCCGCUGCUGUCGGCGCCCGACUUUCACGACAUUCCCCUCUAUCUCGUGGCUCUGGUAUACGACGCCUGUCUCGACGACAGCGUACAGAUGGCCAAGAAGUGGAAGGGCCCGGUAUGUCUUGAUGUGAUCGACGCACUGCCGCACGGAUUCUUGAAUUUUGUAUUACUCUCUGAAGAGGCCCAACGGGCCGGCGAUCUAUGUCUCGAUCGCGUUCAACAGGCCCUCACGUGAUGGCCACCGACUCUUUCAGCCGACCCGAUGUCUACCCGUAAACCGCAUUUCCCUAUCAAUCAAAGUUGUAUUCAAACAAAAUACUCGGCCUUUUGUGUUCAUAACGUGUGCUAAAUGUGUGGUAAGAAUUCUGGUGAUCGGCCACCGAAUCAGGUGUUUUAGACCAUUUGCCGAUUUUUUGUUAACCAGAAUAAUACCCGAUAUUUAUGGUCAAAAACUGGGUGUUAUUACACAACACAUAACUUUCCGCUUGUAUGAUAAAUUA